AUGGAUACAGAAGUAUUGAAAAUUGAUGUUACUUCUAUCGAAUAUGCCGAUAGGAAUACAGAAUCACCUAAUAUAAAUGACCCUGUUACGGAGAGAAACCUCCAGAAAGCUGCCAAAAUCAUAACACAAGCUGGCGGUUUAGUGGGGUUCCCAACAGAGACAGUUUAUGGACUUGGGGGUUCAGCAAUCAACGAUGAAUCUACUGCAAACAUUUUCAAGGCAAAAAACAGACCAUCUGAUAACCCAUUAAUCGUUCACAUUUCCUCGAUGAAUCAAUUGGAAAGAAUUAUUACUGCGAACACGAAUAACCCAUCUAAGGCGAAAAUCCCAGAGAUUUACAAACCGUUAAUAGAAAAGUUUUGGCCUGGUCCGGUUAGUAUCUUGAUUCCUAUCGAUACCUCUAUCAAUGACAAAAACAAUCCAUAUGUCUUAUCUAAAAACGUUACCAAUAACCUUGAUACCGUUGCGAUUAGGUUCCCAUCGGACCCCGUGGCAAGGUCGUUGAUCGCGUUAUCUGAUACCCCCAUUGCUGCUCCAAGUGCAAACACUUCGACAAAACCUUCGCCAACCAUGGCUUCGCACGUAUAUCAUGAUCUCAAAGGCAAGAUUCCAUUAAUCUUGGAUGGUGGUAAUUGUAAUAUUGGACUUGAGAGUACCGUCAUUAAUGGGUUAGUAUCGCCUCCAACUUUGUUGAGACCUGGUGGGUUAUCAAUUAAGGAAAUUAAAAAAGUUCCAGGUUUUGAGAACUUGGUCACUGAGCUUAAUAUCAAGAAAGAUAGUAAUGAGCCAGUCAGAACACCGGGGAUGAAGUAUAAACACUAUAGUCCAAAUGCCAUGGUAUAUUUAAUUAUCAAUACCAAGCCGGAGCAAAAUAUCUUCAAAUCCGAAGCGAUAGGAAAGUUAAUCAAUGCAAAUGAGACUAGCAAGUCUGCCUUAGUUAGUGAGCUUGGGUUUGGGCAAUUCAAGGAAAGUGAUAAUUUGAUUCUACGAGAAUUGGGAACAACUGUGAAGGACAUCCAGUUCAAUAUGUUUAGAUUAUUGAGAGAAAUGGAUCAGUUAUCAGUGAAAAGGAUCCUUCUUAUCGUCAACAACUCCACACUUGAAGACGAAGAUGGCCUUGCAAUUAUAAAUAGGCUAGGAAAAGCUGCUAGUGAGAAGGUCUACAUAUAG